GCCCCGCUGCUCCCGAAUCCAAAUACGAGUUGAAACUUCGGGCGUCAGAACAAUGGCGCUCGCAUCUGCUUUCUUCUCGCAUCCGCAGUAAUUCCAAUUGCGACACUUACACCGAAGUGUUCGAACGGGGUUGGGGGGGGCGGGGGGGGGAAGGAUUUUUGUUUUUCUCUCCCGGCAGGAUGACGGCUAAAACUCUGGAGAAGGGGCCGAUGGCUCUCGGGGGGUUCGAGAACGUGUUCUCCGUGGAUGACAUCACCGCCGGCUUGCCCAACUCGGAACUGGGAUCGCAUUACGAGCACAUCAGUGCGGCACCAGAUCCCUUAAUGAGCGCAGAUAUGAGCGCAGAGAGGCGUCGUCCGGACCUCCUCGCGUCCUACUCGGGCGGUUUCCCGCAGCCGUGUUCACACCGCAACCAGACCUUCGCCUACAUGGGGAAGUUCUCCAUCGACUCCCAGUAUCCCGCAAACUGGAACCCCGAAGGACUCAUCAACAUCGUCUCGGGCAUCUUUAACGUCGCCCCGCCGCCAUCCGCGUCGUCGUCCUCUUCUCCGGCUUCCUCGGCUUCUCCCGGUCACUUUUCCAGCCGAAAUUGGAGUUGCGCCAUGACUGCGGCCCAUCCCGGCCAAGCGGAGCUCGACCCCCAUCCGCUGUACUCCCCCCCGCCGCCGUACUCCUCGUCCGCCUGCGCGGAGCUCUACCAGGACCCGUCCGCGUUUCUGCCCACGUCCGCCUGCCACGUCGCCUCCUACCCUGCCCCCAAGCAGCACAGCGCCCAAGACCUCUUCCCGACCGUCCCCGACUACCCCGGCUUCUUGCAGCCGGCUUGCCAGCGAGACGCGCACGGCCCGAGCAUCCCGGACCGGAAACCUUUCGGCCCGUGCUCCCUCGAUACCUUCCGCGCGCCGCCACCUUUGACCCCGCUGAAUACUAUCCGAAAUUACACGCUCGGCGGUCCGAGCCACGAGGGCGGAGGCCCGCCUCGGCUGGCCCACGACCUCCCUCUGAGGCCCAUCCUGCGACCUCGGAAAUACCCCAACAGACCCAGCAAGACGCCCGUCCACGAACGGCCGUACCCGUGCCCGGCGGAGGGCUGCGACCGGCGCUUCUCCCGCUCCGACGAGCUCACCAGACACAUCCGCAUCCACACCGGACACAAGCCCUUCCAGUGCAGGAUCUGCAUGCGCAACUUCAGCCGCAGCGACCACCUCACCACGCACAUACGCACGCACACGGGCGAGAAGCCGUUCGCCUGCGACUUCUGCGGCCGCAAGUUCGCCAGGAGCGACGAGAGGAAGCGGCAUACGAAAAUCCACCUGAGGCAAAAGGAGAGAAAGUCCGCCGCGACCGACCGCGUCGCUCCCUCGUAAGCGACGCGGAAGAACGAAGAACGAAGAAAGAAGAGCGGCGCGCGCAAUGCCACUUUGUCGACUCAACGCACCGCAGCCGUGAUCCAAAAACAAACAAACAAACAAACAAACAAAAAGCCAGUUGUAACACACACACACAAAAAAAAAAAAAAAAAAAAAUCAAAGAGAAUAACGUGAGAAAUAACUGCAAUAACACUUUGGACGGGUUCAUUCUAACAUCGCGCCCCCCCCCCCGUUCGUGCCUUGAUGGAUGCUCGGAUUCUAACGCAACCUUGUUGGGACUUUUGAUGUCACCUUGGAAGACGUAACGCUCUAUUUUUUCUACUCAUUAAGUCUCGUCUAAGUGCUCGUUGUACUUGUAUAAAAAAAAAAAAAAAAAACAAAAAAAAAAAAACAAUGGAGUGUAAAGAAGACAAAACUUACGUUUGUUGUGGGCUUUAUUCAAUGGAUGCAAAUACACUUUUUAUUGCUCAUAUAACAUAAUACGAAGGAACACUAAAAACAAAACAAAAUGGACUUCAUUCGAAUAUAAACAUCAGUUGAUGGAAAUGUAGCGAAAUAACGUGAUUAUUUCCCAGCAAAAGAGGGAGCAAAUCACGUGGUUUUUUUUUGGGUUUUGGUGAUGCGUUUAUGAACAUCUGAAAGUGCGAAGUGCGCCAUCAUACGUAAAAGUGUUUGGAACAUCCCACGUUGCGCCACCCGCGGCAUUUGUGGCUCAUCGUCACCCACUCACGUCGAAAGGUCGCAACUGUGUGACCUUUCCUACCAAGUGUUUGUCCCACAGCCCAAAUAGUCAAGCGCGUCCUGCACUUGAACGCGGCGGCGGCGGCGGCGGCGGCUGCAGGCUAAAUGUGCAAAUGAAACCUUUUCUUUCAUAUCCCGAUUUAAAAAAAAAAUGGCAUACAUUCAUUGGUUAUUUAUUAUUAUUUUUGGGGGGUUUUGAAAGCGUUGUUUAGAGGCAAAGUGCUUUUAGAAAAUACUUUUUUUUUUUAAAGC